GAGAGGAGGGGGCGGGCAAGGGGCUCGCUGUUGCCCUGGUUACGCGGAGGCACGUGUGCAGUCCCGGAAGCGCAUAGGGGAAGCUGCUCAGCGCGCGCGGCCGGAGGAAGCGCCGCCUGGUCCGCUCGGGUCGGGGCCGGCUGGGCCAUGGAGUGGCUGCCUGAGCCCGCGCCGCGCUGUCUUCUGCUUCUCCCCUUGCUGCUGAUGCUGCUGCUACUGCCGGCCCCGGAGCAGGGCCCGAGCCAGGCCGGGGCCGAGGAGAACGACUGGGUUCGACUGCCUAGCAAAUGCGAAGUUUUGUCUUCUUCUCGUUGGGACUUACGGUUAAUUGAAGUCACUGAGACCAUUUGCAAGAGGCUCCUGGACUACAGCCUGCACAAGGAGAGGACCGGCAGCAACCGGUUUGCCAAGGGCAUGUCAGAGACCUUUGAGACGCUACACAACCUGGUACACAAAGGGGUCAAGGUGGUGAUGGACAUCCCCUAUGAGCUGUGGAACGAGACUUCUGCAGAGGUGGCUGACCUCAAGAAGCAGUGCGACGUGCUGGUGGAAGAGUUUGAGGAGGUGAUCGAGGACUGGUACAGGAACCACCAGGAGGAGGACCUGACAGAAUUCCUCUGCGCCAACCACGUGCUGAAGGGAAAGGACACCAGCUGCCUGGCAGAGCAGUGGUCUGGCAAGAAGGGAGACACAGCUGCCCUCGGAGGGAAGAAAUCCAAGAAGAAGAGCGGCAGGGCCAAGGCGUUGGGCAGCAGGACCAGCAGCAGCAAACAAAGGAAGGAGCUGGGUGGCCUUGAGGAGGACCCCAGCCCUGAGGAGGAUGAGGGCAUUCAGAAGGCAUCCCCACUCACACACAGCCCCCCCGACGAGCUCUGAGCCUAAUCCAGUGUCCCCUGUACCGAGACCCUUGACUUUGAAGCUGAAGCAUCUGGGGCAUGGCUCUAGCAGGCAAACAUGGCUCUGCCACCUUCAGGUCCUCCUGCCUUGGCUGUGCCCUCUGCUGCCAAGGAAAGACACAAGCCCCAGGAAGAAAUGAGAGCAGCCAUGGUCAGCCCAUGCCAGCCUUUACCCUCCGCCAAGCAUUCCUCUCCCGACGCGGGCUUCAGGCAGGCCAUGUAGUUUCCGGACUUCAAGGACUCCAGUGUGAACUCAGGACAGGCAGGUGUCAGAACUGGGCACCAGGACUGGAGUCCAUCCAGAGCCCAUGAGAUGGGUAUGCCGGACCUCCACCUGCCCUCACUGCCGCCCUCACAGGGAAGCAAGACUGCAGCACCCCAUAGCUCCUCCUCCGUGCUCACCCCUCCUGUGGACACCUUGCACUCUGCCCGGCCCUCCGCAGGGCUCACAGAGUAAAAACCUUCUGG